CAAAAAAAAAUCUCCCCAUCCGCUGAAAAUUCUUCAGUCAUCCCUCUCCUCUGUCUCGAACCCGACCUCCGAACCCCAGGAGGCCAGGAUCCCGGCGAAGGGCAGGCGAGAGGAUCCCCUCUCGCGGCGGCGAUGGGUGAGGGGGACGCGAGCGCCGGUGGAGAUCCGCAGAGGCUGAAGCGGAUCGCCGCGGCGGCGUACGACUACGAGAACGACGCGCGGUGGGCGGGGUACUGGUCCAACGUCCUCGUGCCGCCCCACCUCGCCUCCCGCCCCGACGUCGUCGACCACUUCAAGCGCAAGUUCUACCAGCGAUACAUCGAUCCUGGUUUGGUUGUUGAGCCAAUGUCCUCCAUGACUUCAACUCAGUCUAGCAGACCAGCAGCAAGGUCUUCAGCUACACCAUCCAAUGAGAAUACCAAAGCUCGUGACUCAGGAUCUGGCACAAGAUCAACUGGAGCCUCUCAACAACCAUCAGCAGAGAGGAGUGCAAAUUCAUUAUGGCUAGAUGGUCGGACAAUACACUUUUCUAUCAAUGCCUGGGUACUUGUUGUAGCUAGUCUUGGAAUACUCCCAACUCUACCCAACCAUAUCUCAAGUAAAGUGUACAGACUUUCAUUGCUAGGAACAAUAUGCUCAUCUGCAUAUUCUUUAUAUCUCACUUAUGGGAAACCAAGAGCUUGGAAUAUGACUGUAAUUCAGCCCUGGUUGCAAUCUAUUAUUGUAGCCAAGGACUUUGUUCAUUUGAUGUUCUCUCUUAUGAUGUUCACGUCUAAUGUACACUUUAAGAUUGCUCUACUUCCUGUGCUCUGCUGGGCGCUUGAUCAUGUUGCUCGGUUCCUAAGGCGUAAUUUUACACGCUCUUCUUUAUACAGGAAGUACUUAGAGGACCCUUGCCUGUGGGUAGAGACAAACAACACUACACUCAGCCUACUUUGUUCGAAUGCUGAAAUCACCCUGGGGUUUCUCAUGAUCAUCUCACUUUUCUCGUCGAGACGCAACAUAAUCCAGACAUUUAUGUACUUUCAUCUGUUGAAGCUGAUGUACCAUGCUCCUGUCACAUCGGGCUACCACCAGAGUGUGUGGGCAAGAAUAGGCCGGGCUGUAAACCCCUACAUUUAUCGCUAUGCGCCAUUCCUCAACACGCCCAUUUCGGCAGUUCAAAGAUGGUGGCUGAGGUAGAAGAGCAUGAACCCUGGGUAUCCUUGCUACAGAGAGAACAUCCUUACAUAGAGCAUGCCCCUCAAUUUUUUAUGAGAUGUUCAGCGCGUCGCUUUCAUAGCAUUCUGUUCUGAUGCAUGGUAAUAUUCUCCGUUCAUGUCUCCCUGAACUAUUGAAGGCAUAGCACCAGAUAAAUUUCUUACAACGCGCAAUAGCUAUUGAGCGAAGUGUCCAUAUGAUUCCAUUGGAUACAACCAGUAAGAUCUCAGAGUUUGCUGGGAAUGCUUAUUUCAAUCUUGAAUAGGAUGCCAAACAACGAAUACGAAUGACA